AUGAUACCACACCAGCCCGCCGUUUUCAUCACUCACGACCCUCGAUACGCAGCCUCCGUUCAUACGCCGGGCGCAUACUACUCGCCCUUGCCCCAACAUACACCAGCGCAGACGCUCCUUGCCGCAACACCAUAUGCGUCUACGACCUGGCAGUCCCCAGCGCCAGGGCCGACAAUCAUCAUCAACAACGUCGCAUCUCACCCCUCUGCAUCCGCCCACAAUCUUCCUGUGUCUCCCUUUCAGCCAGGUAUUGGGUUACCUGCACCGGACGAGUUAUCCGACGGAUCUUCCUCGUCCACGAGUACGUCGUCGGUCGACUUGUUGUCUCCUGUAGACGGCAGGUUGACCAAUUACCUUGCAACACCGCGCCCAUACCGCCCUUAUCACCUUACCUUCGCGCCUGGCGCGCGUCCUAAACGAUCAUGCUGGUCACGACUGGCUCAAGCCGUGCGAGAGAUGUUCUCUACACCGAUGGUGGGCGAUGCCACGCCUCAACAACCUCAACAGCCGCAGCAGUCGGCAGCACCUCUUGAUGGCUCUCUGUGGAGUGGUGGUUAUUACUUCGGCCCGGAUGGUCGAAGAUGGAUCUUCGCGUACGACGGGAAGACUAUGACACCGGUCUUGUUGCGAGCGGAUCCACAGGCGGAAAGAGGUGAUUCACCCAUGCAAUUCCUAGUACACAACAAGCAAGGUACAUCAAUUCGGUACAUGUGA